AUGACACAUAGAUGGGGACUAUUGGUUCGUCAUUUUAAAGUUAUGGGCAAUUGGUAUUAUCCAAGCAAAAUUUACGUCAUUUCUUGUUCUACCAUUGUAAAGAUGGAAACGACAACAGAUUGUUUCCAACAGCUUGAGACUCGUUACCAUACCGAGCAGAAAUUGGAGCUAAUUGAAAUUGAGAAGACUAUUGAGUUCGCUGGAAUAGAACGUAUUGCGUUUAUGCUACACGUUACCCAAAUUCGGAAUCACACGGAAUCGAUAAUGAAAGCUCAUCAACAGAUUACUGAUGAACCUGUGGUUGAUGAGAAUGUACUGACAGACAAGACCAAUAUAGUCGUGAGAAGGCGCAAAGUAAAUGAUGUUAUUCCCGAAAAAGAUCUUCUUAUAAAAGAUGUAUUGGCAAUGAAGAAAUGA